AUGGUACGGGGCCGUGGACCAUUUGAUAUCGGACCGCGAACCAUUUGCUACCGGGCAGUCAACUAUUUGGUUCCGGGCCGUGGAUUAUUUGGUACCGGACCGCGGACCAUUUGUCCUACUAUCUAUCUCAGUUUGUUCGUAUCUAUACCAGUCGUUUCAUAUCUAUCUAUCUAUCUAUCUAUCUAUCUAUCUAUCUAUCUAAUUAAGUCAGUUCAUCUAUCUAUCUAUCAAUCUAUCUAUCUAUCUAUCUAUCUAUCUAUCUAUCUAUCUAUCUGUUUGUCAUCGUUUCGUUUCAUAUCUAUCUAUCUAUCUAUCUCUAGGUUUGAUCAUUCCCUAUCUAUCUAUCUAUCUAUCUAUCUAUCUAUCUAUCUAUCUAUAGGUUUUUCAUUCCUAUCUAUCUAUCUAUCUAUCUAUCUAUCUAUCUAUCUAUCGAUCUAUCUGUCUGUCUAUCAAUCUAUCUAUAGGUUUUUCAUUUUUAUCUAUCUCUACGUUUUUCAUUCCUAUCUAUCUAUCUAUCUAUCUAUCUAUCUAUCUAUCUAUCUAUCUAUCUAUCUCCACGAUUUUCAUUCCUAUCUAUCUAUCUAUCUAUCUAUCUAUCUAUCUAUCUAUCUAUCUAUCUAUCUAUCGCAGUCUUCAUAA